GUUUUUUUUUUCCCUUUUUUUUUUUCACUGUUAGAGUUCUAAGCGAAGUGAUGUCCGGCCGCGGGAAGCAGGGCGGGAAGGCGCGGGCCAAGGCCAAGUCGCGCUCGUCGCGGGCCGGGCUGCAGUUCCCCGUGGGCCGCGUGCACCGGCUGCUGCGCAAGGGCAACUACGCGGAGCGGGUGGGCGCCGGCGCCCCGGUGUACCUGGCGGCCGUGCUGGAGUACCUGACGGCCGAGAUCCUGGAGCUGGCGGGCAACGCGGCCCGCGACAACAAGAAGACGCGCAUCAUCCCCCGCCACCUGCAGCUCGCCAUCCGCAACGACGAGGAGCUCAACAAGCUGCUGGGCAAGGUGACCAUCGCGCAGGGCGGCGUGCUGCCCAACAUCCAGGCCGUGCUGCUGCCCAAGAAGACCGACAGCCACAAGGCUAAAGCCAAGUAA